AUGGGGGGAAACAAAAAUGCUCUCUUCCUCUCCUUGCUGAUACUCCUCCUCUGCUGCGCAUGGUGUGAAAAACCCGGAGUGGAAAAAAAAAAAAAGUUGGAGGAAGACGUCAUAGGCAUACUGAGGAGGAAGCUGGAGAGUUUGCAAAAACGCAGCUUAACCAAUUCGGAUGGAAAAUUGAAGAAAGAAAUUGAAUUGGUGAAGAAGCAAAUUCAAGAAUUGCAGAAAUAUGAAAAGGGAGAGGCUGGCAAAAAGGUGGACGCCACUUUGGGGGAGGAACCAGGAGUCGAGUCUGCAGAGGAGCAGCCUUUAAGUGUGGAGGAGGCAGGAGACACACAAGAUGAAGAUCGUUUGGAUGAAUUAGAAGGUGUAGAAGACUUUGAGGAGGAGAACCUUGAGCAAUCGGAGCAAGUGGAGGAGGCAGAGGUAGUCGAAGAAGCGGAGGAAGAAGCGGGGGAUGCGGAAGAGGAGCAGCCCGCGGAGGCUGAGGAGGAUGGCAGCUUACUAGAAGAGGCUCCCAACUCGGUAGAAAGAAAAGCAGAAGGUGCCAUCGCUGAAUUUGAAGAGGCAGAUGUGGAAGAAGGUGCGGAAGCGGAUGAAGGUGUCGAAACGGAUGAAGGGGCAGAUGCUGACGAAGCUAGCUUGGGAAGUUUCGACUUAGAGGGAGAACUGAUAGAGGAAGAUCUACAGGAGAGCUUCGACUUAGAGGGAGAACAGGAAGAAGAAGACCUGCAGGAGGGCUUCAAAUCAGAGGAAGAGGCCAACCAGGGAGGGCAACUCCCCCGAGAGAUACCACCACACGGAGAGGAAGCCGUAGAACCUCCCCUGAGGGGAAACAAACCGAGCAUGGAAUACGUGGGCAAUCUGCACAGCGACGUAGGCCCAACUGAAGGCAGUGCCAACCAGAUAAGCCCCCCCUCAGUUGACGAAAAAGGGAAGGAAGAUGGCGACAAAUAUAAAUCUGCAUCUCAGGAUGGGGGCAACUCAGUGGGGAUAAAUAACUUCGGAGGCUGCUUCCAGGGGGGCAAUUCAAAUGGCAUCUGUCCUCUGGAUAUUUUUAAAAAGGUGCUAGAAGACGAAAAUUUCUUGCAAGAGUUUGACAGCUUUAUUCAUAACCUGUAUGGAUCCUCUAAGAACAACACCCCCUGGGGAGGAGACAAAAUGGGAAAUGAAAACCUCUACAUGGAUCUUUUCACCAACGCGCUAAGUUUCCUCAACACGAUUGAAGUGAUUUAA